UGUGCUUCUGUCACACGCACUUGAUCACACCAACCUGCUUUCAUAUUACCGUAAAAGCACACGGACAAGAGACUUUGCUUUCAUAAUACGUACAUACAGUAGAGAAAAGAUCACUCUACACUGCUUUGUCUCUGCUAAUCAUGGAGGUCAAGGAAGCCGAACCAAACUCCAGCAUGAGAAGAGCUCUCCUAGUGAUAAACUGCUUCGUCUUAGCCAUAGGCAACUGCGGUGGCCCACUUAUGAUGCGCCUCUACUUCAUCCAUGGUGGGAAACGAGUCUGGUUCUCGAGCUGGCUCGAAACUGGUGGUUGGCCCAUCAUGCUUUUCCCCAUCGCCUGGGCUUACUUGCACCGUCGUAGGACCCAACCCACAUCAAGAAACAAGUUCUUCUUCAUGAAACCACCCUUGUUCAUUGCCUCCGCGGUCAUCGGAAUCCUUACGGGCUUUGAUGACUACCUCUACGCCUACGGCGUCGCCCGUCUCCCCAUUUCAACCUCUUCUUUAAUCAUCGCAGCGCAAUUGGCUUUCACAGCAGGGUUUGCUUUCCUUUUGGUGAAGCAAAAGUUCACUUCUUAUUCCAUAAACGCUGUGUUUUUGUUAACCAUAGGAGCCGGCGUUCUAGCUCUGAAUACGAGCAGUGACCGGCCUGAGAAUGAAUCAAACAAGGAAUACGUUAUGGGGUUCCUAAUGACUAUUGCAGCAGCGGUGUUGUAUGGAUUUAUUUUGCCCCUGGUGGAGUUAAUGUACAAGAAGGCAAAGCAGGAAAUCAGCUACGCCCUUGUGAUGGAGAUUCAGAUGGUGAUGUGUUUGUUUGCUACUGUGUUUUGCACCGUUGGGAUGCUGGUUAACAACGAUUUCAAGGUAAUUUCAAGGGAAGCAAGGGAAUUCGGGCUUGGCGAAACAAAGUAUUAUGUUGUGGCGAUUUCGAGUGCAAUAAUAUGGCAGGGUUUCUUCUUGGGAGCAAUAGGAGUAAUCUUUUGUGCUUCAUCUUUGGUAUCGGGUAUUAUGAUUGCAGUUCUAUUACCUGUAACAGAGAUUCUGGCAGUAAUUUUCUUAAAAGAAAAGUUUCAAGCAGAAAAAGGUGUAGCUCUUGCACUCUCACUCUGGGGAUUCGUUUCGUACUUCUACGGUGAAAUAAAGCAGACCAAGAAAAAGAAACGAGCUCUUGAAACAGAAAUGCCACCGGUUCCCACUAGUCCGGAAACUGUUUAGAAAUAUUGGUGAUCCGAGCAAAUCCAAGCUAUAAUUAUCUUUGAAUAUUGCUCGAAACAUUUGCAAAAGAGAAUAGAAAUUUAUCCUAGUUAGGUAAGAAAUGGCCUUCGUAUGUUCUUGUAAGACUUCGAUUUUCUAUUAUUUCGGCUUUUAAAGACCGAAAACUAUAUAUUGAUACAUAAAAUUCUCAAAGUUUCUUUGUCA